AUGAAAAAAGAUAAUUCCCAGGAGUUACAAGUAGAGAAUAGCGGAUCUUCUAAAAGGACUACUCCCAAAAGGAUCAUCCAUUUUGCCGAUGGAGAUAUCAUGGAAGAAUAUAGCACAGAGGAAGAAGAAGAAAAAGAGGAACAGAGAAUGAAUCCAAUGCUUGACCCUGCUAAACUGUCAUGGGGUUCUUACCUGUGGUUUUGGGCUGGGCGAAUUGCAAGGACAUCAUUUUCUGCAUGUGAAUUCCUUGGUGGACGAUUUGCUAUCUUUUUUGGUCUCGAUCAACCUAAAUACCAGUAUGUGGUAAAUGAGUACUACAGAACACAGCAUAAGGAAAGUGACAGGGAGAUUGGAAGGAAUGGUGCAAAGGCUCUGUCAGCUGAGGGUGCUAAUGAGAAGAGUCACCUGCAGACUCAGGGCCUCGAGUAUGGAACCCGACAAAAGGACACUGCAGAGGACCUCCCUCAGGGAAAGCUUCUGUCUUUGAGCGUGAACACCAAGCCUGACUCCAUCCACAAUGUCCUUUUCCCGCGGUCGUGCAUUCGGAAUUUCCUCAUCCGAAUAAAGCAAAACCCAAGCCGGUCCUCUGUGGAAGCUGGCGUCUUUGUUAAAAGGCGAGCGGGCGGGGAGCGAGCGGAGGCGGGACUUCCGGGCGCGCGCCCGGCCGCCUUCCGGCGCGAGACGGAAGCCCGGCUCCGGGCCAAGAUCCGAGAACCGGGCUGGAGUCAUGGAUUUAACAAUACAUUUUCCCCUUCCCCUCAGAUUUUGGGAAAAAAGCUGUUGAAAAAGCUUAGGGCUAGUAGCUUUGACCUGCUCACCUUUUGGUUCACAGGCAAGCCCUUUAACCACCAUGCUACCAGGAUUACUGUUACUGGUAAUAUCAAAUAG